GUCAAAGUUGCAAUCUGCAAGGUUCAGAACAGACUGAAACGCCUUUGCCAUUUCAGAAAGACAAAUGCGGAAGCUUUUGGAGAAUCGAAGUAGCAGGCUCCCCUGGAAGGAUUGGUGGCCUGAUGCUUUUUGUUCCGUGCAUCGUAAGGUCUUGAACUGCUGAAAAAGGACCUUGCGAUGGGUGCAACGAAUAGAGGCAGUAGUCUGUAGUUGCUUGCAGCUUCCUGAGGCAGAUUCCUUUUUGGGAGUCUUCAUGGCGGUCCCCAUUGUUCCCGGCCUGGUGGGAAGUUCUGCACCUGCCACCACCAUUCUGUCCAGAACCGCUCGCAGUUUCACUUCAUAUCAGCACCCAACGGUGGAGAAGGCGCUGCAGGCGCGGAGUGAGCUACCAAAGCGCAGAGAUGUGGUCUGGUCAGCAGUGGUGCUGAUUCUCUCCUUGGCACUGCUGGGGCUUUCUUACAGUGGCGAAACCAUGAUGAAGCUUGCCAGGAGUAGAGCCGUCUCAGAACUGAUGCAGAUCAUGGGAUGGCAGGGACUGGAUGAGGGGCUCCUCCUCCUGGCUUUCCGCAUCGCAUUCGCCCUCCUCUCCCUCAUCUACGCCGCCUCCCUCUACUUCUUCCUCAAGCUCUACACCACUGCCACUGUCUUUUCGGUCCCUGCCCCGCCCCCUUCUGGAAACCAGUCCAUCAACAUGGGCCAGAAGCAACCCCUUUUGUCCACCGAACAGCUAGCACUGCUCUUCCCAAAGCAAGCCCCAAAGGCCCUCGCCAAACUGCCGGAUAUCGUCCAGUCGGUCAAGGAGACCCCUUCCCAUGCGUCCCACCUAGCAUCCUCCCUGCUCAAAAAGACCAAGAUUGUGCUCCACGAUGCGGCUUCUUCCGCAGCCCACCGGCUGGGAAGGUCGAACGCCGCAGACGACGCACCUCCCCAAAGUGCUUCCGACACCGAACCAAAUCCGCAACCCCCACCUACGAAGCCGGAGUCCCCAGCCCCGUUUUUGGCGCCCCUCCACCCAGAGAUCCAGAAACCGACAGGUGGCAGUUCGCUAGCACUCUGGGGCAGCGGAGGAAAGGAGGUAACGGACGGCACCUCGUCGGGGGGGGGCACCCUCCCAGGCAAAGCUACCCCCGCCUUCGAAUCCUCGUCGUUUGUUCCGACUAGCCCCUUCUCCCCAGUUCCGUUGCCUUUGAACACUCAGCCCGUCACUCCUCCCACUCAGAAUAUGGUCACCCCAACCAAUAACCCAAGCGGGUCAGCGGGAGUCUCAGUCAGGGACAGGAGUUUCACUCCCCUGCAGUCGGAGGAGGCCCUCGACGAUUUCUUGGCGGAUCUAGACCGUCGGAUGGAGACCCCGACGCCCCAGAGCCCUCGAUUUGGUCCCUCUCCGGAACCAGGAGCCAAUCAGACUUCCGAUGCGGGCUUCCAGUCCCUUGGACCGAUGUCACCAGGAACUUUUUCUCUAGGUGGGGCCCGGGCUGGUUCCGGGUACUUUGCAGAGCAGGUUAGUACUACAGCGAAUGCUCCAGGGACGGGUAUGUACCCGCAAACUCCUGCGGCUGCGAGUCCGAUCUUUGGGGCACCUGCACAAACCACUCCGCAACCUACCGGUUUCCAGCAGCAAGGGCCCGGCCCCGUAAGCAGCCCAUAUAACCUCUCCACGAGUCCGCCACCUUAUGCCCCGUCAGCCCCGCCGCUAUCGGCACUGCCCCAGCAGUCGCCUGUGGGGGGAGCUGUCGGGACGAGCCCUUCUGGCACGAAUGCUUAUGGAGCGGCAGCAAGCUAUCAGCAGUCCCCGUAUUCAACUCAUCAAUCGCCAACUCCAUCCCCGUACUCAGUUAGCACCCCCGCUUACGGAGCUCAAACGCCGCCCGCAUAUGGCCCCUAUUCGAGCCCUUACAACCAGUCCCCAGGAGGCACCGCCCCAGGGCAAUACACGCUCAGCCCGUCGUUCAGUAAUGCAUAUCCUAUGACCCCGCCAUCCGCUUAUAACCAGCCUUCGAACCUCUCAGCCACACCUGGCUCCCCAUACCCCGGAUCUCCAUACCCCUUUGCGGCACCUUCUCCGCUCCAGGGGGCACAAGCCGCCCUUUCUGCCUCCCCCCUCCCGCCGAGCGGCCGGUCAUUCACCCGGUCUUCCCCCUCGCAACCGAAACCCGGGGUUACGAUUGGGGUUAAGGCUGACCGCGAAAUGCCAAGCCCGAUGCCUCCAGAAGUGAUCGAACGGCGGCUCAAGGGGUUGGGAAUAUCGUCGAGAGAGCUGGAUGCAUGGCGGGACGAGCUGCGGGUAUGGUUCGCAGAGAAGCUACUGGCGCCGCUUGUGCGGAAGAUGGACGCGAGCCCUUCCAAGGUCAGGAACGCCUGCACUGCGCUCAACAUGUCGCUUCCAGUUACGCUCUCCCCUCUCGGUACCGAUUCUCGAGCGGUGGAAGCGGCCGCGGCCGUCACGAGCGUCAGUCUGGCGGUCCCGGCGGCGCCCAGCGAAGAAACGGUGCUCAAGAUGCUGGGCGAGAAACUAGAGGAGGAGAGGAAAAAGGCGAUGCAGCCGGCGGCGCCGGCGCCAACGACGAUGUUCGGGCAGCCGCAGGCAGCGCAGCAGAGACCGUCCCUGCCGUCGAUCCAAGCCUGCUUGGACGCAGUCACGGAGAACCAACGGCUGAGGUUGCUCCUUCGGGGGGAGCUGGUUCCGAGAGUCCUGCCACUGCCCACCGUGCAGCCAACCUUCGUUGCUCGACGGAUUAGAGAGCUGGCGGAGGGUGCCUGCGUCAGGCGCUUCGACUGGUCCGGCGGGGGUGACGUCAUCCCGGGCCAGCAGCCGUGGACCGCCGCGGCAAACCUCCCGAGCGACGCGCACCUGCUCUUCUAUCUUUUCACCGCGUUCCUGGAGUUCCCCGGGUGGAGCCUGCACCAGGAACCACUGACCGGGCCGGGACACCAGGGGGGCUUCUUCUUCAUGGGCGACAUUCCUAGUCGCCACCCCGAGCAGUUCGUCGCCAUUCUCCAGCCCCCUCUCAGUGCGGAGCUGCGGGCUUUUGUGCGGCAGCCGAAGGCGACGGUAGUUCUGGUCGGGAAACAGAGCCCGGCCCCCGUCUUCUACCUGCUCUGGGGGGGCAAGUUCCAGUUCGUUCUGCAGGGUCGAACCGCGAUCUGGGACGUGAUUGCUCUCUUGACUUACCGCUUGCGGCAAUCCCAUGAAGGUGCCAUCCGGGGCAUUAGCCUGAACUCGAGCACUAUAGAUCUUCCCCCGGUAAUCCAGCCUGCGUAAUGACCUUGGUCGCUUGGUCCGAGGUUGGACGUUCAGUUGGACGUCGGACCCCUAAGAAACCCCAGCCUAAAAACUGUAUAGGGGGCAGAUAUGCCCCUUUGACAGCCAAGUCCCUCUAUUUUGUCGCGCGCUCCUAUGCUUCUGUUGUUCAAGUUUGUCACGGCAUCUCAUGCUUGUAUGCCGUCCAGAGAGCUAUUACUGUGAUGGUGACUUAUCAUCAUUGCCCUGAGCCAUGCAACACUGUGACAGUAUCUCAAAAUCUAAGUUUCUAACGAUUAGCCAGAAGUGACUACAAUCAAAAGAGUUUACGGUAUCAAAUAAUCAAAUCGAUCUUUGAAUCAUAGACUGAAGACAACUUUCAGAGAGUCUCAAGAGCUAGCCACCUAAUGAAAAUAGCAAUUAUAGCAGACGGC